UGGCGUCGUCCCUUUGAUUCAUGUGACAUCAGCUGAUUCGAAAUCGGAAAUAAUGGAUUAUCCGGACGAUUCUAUAAAAACUUACAUGAAACAAAUUAUUGAUUAUUAUGAAUCUAUAAGAGGAAAAUCAAAAAAAGCUCUUUCUUAUUCAUUUUGGGAUCUGGUUGUCAUCACAACUUCCGAUGACGCGCAGAAAAAUGCAUUCGACAUUCAGAUUAAUCUGAAAAUAGAGAGAGGCGAACUACCCGUCGACGUACCGUAUCACGUUAUAGCCGAUCCUCCGGGAUUUAAAAUCGGUAGUGGAGGCUCAACAUUAAUCGCUUUACAAAACUUACUAACGAUUUAUGGUGAGAAACUGUUCACUUUCAAGAUCCUGCUCAUUCAUGCCGGUGGUCGUAGUCAGCGCAUUCCGUGCCAUAGCAUUUUGGGAAAAUUAUUUGUAUCUUUGCCCUUGGGUAAUCCAAUGUUUCAAAUGCUAGAUUUAAUUCUUGCAAUAUAUUGGCCUUUUACAAAACAAAUGGAUGCGGGUGUAUUUUUGGUCAGUUCAGAUGCUUUCAUAACAUAUUAUCUAACAGAAGAUGAUGAUUUGUCUUGGACCUUUAAAGAUUCAGAUUUCACUGCUUUAGCACAUCCGUCAUCUAUUGAAAUAGGAACAAAACAUGGCGUUUACGUACUUCCAUCUUUAUCUUCGGAACUCUUACAGAAAUCGUGUUUCAUGAUUCAGUGUCUCGAAAUUUUACAGAAACCGUCUGCUGAAACUAUGAGAGAUAAAGAAGCUAUUGCCAGAACAAACAUAAAUGGUACAUCAGAAGAAAUUGUAUAUAGUGAUAGUGUUUUUUACUUCAGUAGUAAAAUUAUGAGAAAAUUUGUUGAUUACAUACAGUCUACUCAUAUUGUAACUUGUGAAUUAGAUGCUUACGGAGACUUUUUACAAGGACUGGGACCAAACAGCUCUUCGUCGUAUAUUUAUGAUACAAAAAAUGUAGUCGAAAUUUCUGAUAAUCUCAUUCAGACAAGAGAAAACUUGCAUCAUUUAUUGCAGGGGAGUUCGAUUAAUGUUAUCGUGCUACAGAAAUCCAAAUUUUACCAUUUAGGAACAAUUGGAGAAUACAUAGAAAAUUUAUGUACUAAUAAAAUAUUAGCAGAAGAAAUGAAUUUCCAGAAAUGGAUAUUUAGUGUGACUACAAAGAGUGGUUUAAAAUUGUCCUCCUCUGGAGGAACUGUAAUGCAUUCUUGCAUCCAUCCUAAUUCCGUCGUCGACGAAACCACCGUCUUAGAAUACUGUGAUUUCCCUUUACUUUUAAAAGUAAAUGAAAAGUGCAUUGUGAGUGGAUGUCUUGGAUAUGGAGAAAAAUUAAAUGAAGUUCCCAUUCAAAUUCCCAGCUGUUCCUUAAUUCAUACCGUGUCCGUUCGAGUGGACGGAACCGUCGGCUAUAUCACGAUUGCAUUUCAUUUUGAUGACGAUCUAAAAUCUAACUAUCCUUUUCAAAGUAUCACGAGCAUAAAGUAUUUUGGAAAGUUUCUCGGACACAUUCAGCCAAUGUUGUUUGGGUGCGAGAAAUAUUCAGACCUCUUCAGCGGCAAUACGAAAGUAUAUAGUCUGUGGACGGCAAAGUUGUUUCAGAUGCAAUUAACAAUGGAAGACUCUCUGAAAGUUACAUUAAAAAUGUUACAGAAUGUUCUGAGUGAGAGCAAUACCUUCGAGGUAUACAGUAAUUCUAUAUUUCCUUAUUUAUCGAUGGAAGAUAUUCUGAAGUACAAAAAUGUCGAGAAAACUAUAGAAUAUAGAAAUAAAUUGUGGGAAAAAAUUGUUAAAUACCAAAGCUGAAAUCAGGUUUCUGCUAAAGAUGUAAGUAUUUUCUUUGUAUUUUAUUAUAUACUAUUUAUAAAAAUUCAAAAAAUCCUGUUUUUCUUUGUGAUUGUGCAAUUAAAAAAGAAUUUGAAAAGGAAAUUUCAAGAUGUUGGAGAUAACAGGUCAAUGCCACUGAACAUAGUGUAUUCUUGCUAAUCUGAAUCAGUUUUAUUCAUUUUUCCACUAAAUAUUUCAGCUGAAAACAAAAGUUAAUCAUAAAUAAUUUUUUGAAACAUGAUAAACUUAUAAAAUUA